AUGAAUCCACAUACGCCAAAGAAGAAGUCGCGACUACUAGAGGCUCUCGACAGGACUUUGAUGGAAUCUGAUGGAGUGCCUUCUUCUUUCCAGAGAAACCUUUUGCAGACACCCAAAUUUGAAGAAGGAAGUUCGAAAGCGGCAGCGCUCGAUGCGUUAAGGAACGCCCAAAAAGAGCAGAAAGUCACCAAAACGAAUGCAGAUAACCAUACAAGCUUCCUUGCGAGUGCCCUUUCUUCUCCAGCUCGGGCAGGGGCCAGUCGUAGCACUUUUCAUCUUAAUUACGAUCAAGAGACGCCGAUACGACCUAUCGACGUUGGAGGACCUGACCAGCAGCAAAAAAUCGCAGAAUUCGUGACCAAGGCCAUCGAGAACACCAGCAAUGUCACAGUGAAAGAUGCGAUGAAGAAGCUUGGUCUCAAAGACAAGCGCGAUUUAAUUCCUGGUCUCGAGGUUCGCCUCCUCGGUCAUCAGGCGAUAGGAGUGGCGUGGAUGCUUGAACAGGAACGUGGGACAAACAAAGGCGGAAUUCUCGCCGACGACAUGGGCCUCGGCAAGUGGAAGACUGUGCAGAUGAUAGCGACAAUGACUAUCAACAUGCCGGCGUACAACGAAGACGUCAAGACGACGCUGAUCGUUGUACCCGCUGCGCUGCUGCAACAAUGGAAGGACGAAAUUGACAGUAAAACCAACGGGAUCUUUGAGGUGCACGUGCACCAUGGCAAGGAUAAACUCAAGACGCUGGCUCAGCUCAAGUCCAAGAGCGUCGUCGUCACGUCCUACCAGACCCUUUGUGGGGAUUUUAAUAUUCCAAAAGGCACGCCCCCCGAAGAAGAGGAAGAAUGGCUGCAGCAGAAAGGAGGCUUACUUUCGAAAGUCAAGUUUUACCGCGUCAUCGCAGAUGAAGCUCAAUUUAUCAGGAAUCGGGCGACGCGCUCGAGCAUCAGUUUAGCCCAUGUCAGAGCCAAAUACCGGUGGUUGCUCACCGGAACUCCAGUUACUAACACUCUGGCGGAUAUCUAUGGUUUGCUUCGCUUUGGACGCUUCCGCCCCUGGAACGACUGGAACGACUUCAAUGAACAUGUGGCCAGGGUUCAAUAUACGGACGCGCUCUUGGCAGGUUCGAGAGCCCAGGCAAUUCUUAAGCCGAUAUUGCUUCGGCGUACCAAGGACUCGAAGCUGGAAGGCCAACCGCUCCUUCAGCUCCCCAACAAACAUAUUGAAAUUGUUCGAUUGCAAUUCUCCCUUGAUGAGAGACAGGUUUACAAUGCAUUCGAAUCGCGGACGAAGGUACAAGUGAACAAAUUCAUCGAGAGGGGAACGCUCAUGAAGAAGUGGUCAUGCGUUCGUGUUGGUUCUUAUUCUCCGAUUACGCCAAAUAUGCUGCCAUCCGCAUCUCGUGCUGGUGUGUAUCUUUGUGUAUCAAUUGGUGACCUUAAUGAUAUAACGUGUGUACAGUCCUUAUCGGAUGAGUUUGAAGACCCUACAGUCAUGGUGGGCACCCAGGCCGAGAAGGAGCUCAGCCGUGCGAAGAAGAUUAUGGGCGUCGCUUGGGUUAACGAAAUCAAAAAGAAAUUUUUGCUCCGCGCCAUAUCAGCCGCGAAACUUGAAGUUGAGGAUGAAGGCGAGGAAGGCGAAGCCAUUUGCCCCAACUGCAGUGACAUGCUUCUUGGGGACAGUGGUCGCGUCUUGACUUGUGGACAUGAGAUUUGUUUUGACUGCACUCUCGACCUCAGCAAUUCUGCCAUUGGGCACAACGGAAUUUUUGGACAAGGCGACGAGAAAGAAAAUAUUGCUGCUGAGAAGGAAUACGAGGCUGCCGUUGCGAAAGGCUACCGUCCUUGCCCGACGUGUCGGAAGAUGGUCGACCUAACGUCCGCCGACAAAGUUUUCAAGUCUGCUGCGUUCGAACCAACCGAGGACGAUAUCGCGGAACAUAAAAGACAGGAAAAGGACAAGAGGAUGCAGAAGAAAAAGAAGCGCGAGCCGCUGACGAGAUAUAACAUCCCUGACGUUCUUUCAGACUCAGAUUCUGACGAUCUUCCCGAGGUCGGGGAUAUCCUCAAAUCCAACUGGAAGAAAGGGAAGGCUAAGAAGGAGCCAGAAUCUGAUGAUGAUAUCGAGAUGCUUGAUCGCAAACCUUCCACCUCGUCGUUGAAGAGAAAGAGCGACGAUUCGGAUAUUGACGUAAAAGAAGAGGGCAGCUCGCCAGGAAAGCGGCACAAGAACCGUUUUGGGGACUGCACCAAAUCCUCACCAGCACCUGAAAACAGUAAUAAGAAAGGUAAAGGCAAGGCCCGCGCCUCUAAUACGGGUGGGAAGAAUGACAUUCCUUCCGACGCCGUUGUGGCAACAUGGAGACGUGGUGACGAUGAUCUUGAGCCUAGUGCAAAGAUGUUGAAGAUGAUUGAAUAUCUGAAAGAGUGGGAGCAUAGUGGCGAUAAAACGAUUUGCUAUUCGCAGUGGACCUCGAUGCUUGAUCUCAUUGAGACGCUGUUUGCGCGACAUGGCAUCAGAAGCCUGCGUUUCGAUGGAAGGAUGGACAGGGCGUCUAGAGAUAAUGUUCUUGCCAAGUUUAAGCAGGCUGGCGGCCCCAAGGUCAUGUUGAUCAGCACAAAAUGUGGUAGCGUCGGAUUGAAUCUUGUAUCUGCCAACCGUAUCAUCAACAUGGAUCUUUCUUGGAAUUAUGCCUCUGAGGCCCAGGCUUACGAUCGUUGUCACCGUAUUGGUCAAGAGAAAGAAGUGUUUGUGAAGCGAUUGGUGGUGGAAGAUACUAUAGAAGAGCGUAUGUUACGCCUUCAAGAGGUUAAAACAGGUCUGGCAGAAGCUGCUCUAGGGGAAGGGUCUGGCAUCAAACUACAUGCAUUGAGUGUCAAGGAUAUCAAAUACGUACGUCUCAACGCUGCCUCUCAGCACGAAUUUAGACACGGGCAUCUAAAGCCUAUCCUUUCUAGCUGUUUGGCAUGA